GAAAUUAAGAAAUCACCACUCAGAUCCUGACGUCGCGGCGUCAUCAAUCAAACGCAACGUCUGCUUCGACGCUUGGAGACGGCGCACAUGCGCAACAGUGCUGCCUCUGAGAAGAUUGGUCCUGCAGAGAUAGGCUUGAGGUUCGUCGACGAGGUUGUCUCCUGUGGAUUUAGCUACUCUAGGCAAACUACUAAACAUCGAUAAGCGACAGAAGGCGAGCACGAUCACGAGCACAAGCACGAGGAAGAUCUGUGACGGAUAGACGGGAAGUCAGCCAUGAGCGCACCAACCACACCGGCAUCCGCAAAUCCAGCAGCAGGUCAAACUACUGCUAGUAAUGCGAGUGCCGAUGAAACGACCAUGAUGGUGGAAAGCAGUAAUAAUAUCCUGAUCACGAAAGAAGAGUUCAUGAAGACGCAGGAAAACCUGCCUCCCUACGAUUUUCGAGGUUACACUGCCAAAUUCUAUCUAAGCAAGUUCACCUGGGCUUCGUACGGGAUGCCAGCCUUUCUGCAAGCUUUGGCAUUUGCAGCUCAGAAGCGUUCCUCACCGGCACCAGCACAGCGUCGGAAUACAUAUAACCAAGCCACGCAAGAAGAAGACCGAGUGAUCAUCAAAGGACGACCAUCGACCAACAAGCCUGCAAACGACAAUACAUUUAGCAAGAACCUGAAACAGCCACCACCCGUCAGUACCGGUAAUAGCAGCCAGCAGAUUCCAUACAGACGGCAUAGCACGGGAACAAUCCACCAACAAGAUAAAAAAGUAUCAGCUGCUGCUGCUUCUGCGAAAAAGAGACAUUCCCAGUCCAUCACACCCACAAAUAAAAAGCCAUCCAGUCAACAGCAUCAUCAUUCGCAGCUUCCUUAUCCACCACAAUACAAGGGUGGUUUCUCACCCCCCUUUGCAGCAACGCCAGCAGCAGCUGCAAAGCCGCCACCAUAUUAUAGACCACUCUAUUCCUCCAUUCCAUCUGCCGCUGCAAAACCCAUGCGUCGUCUGGCCAAAAUAAGACCAUACGCCAAUCAAGCCAUUCCAGUGUCGUCACAAGAAAUCUUUGCCGCCAUUCCUAGAGAGGCAUCAUCCUAUUUUCACAUUAUGGAUCGACGAGUCAAUCUAGAUGCUUUUGCACACAACAAUACUGACAAGCGAAGUGACUUUGCGGCUAUUCCCGUCUACUCCUUGUUGAGAGCAUGGGUCCAGGAUGAUCCAUGCCGGCAGGUGCCAAAGCAUCAGGUCCUGGACGAUUGGCACUUGCCCUUGACAACAACAACCACUACGACAACUAUUGGUAGUCGCAAACGUGUCCACGAGGAGAUAAUAGUAGCAUCCACCAAAAAGGAUGACGAGGAAAGCACUGCCAAAAAGAAAAAGGUAACGUUGGAUAUCACGGGGUACAUUGCGGCGUCAAACAAUGCUGUAGCGUCCGAUACAACACUCUCGCUGGACGUGCUCAAAGCACAAAUGGUUCAAGAUGCCAAGGAAACAAGAAAGAAAAAGGCGGCCCCCAAAAAAGAAGAUCUUGCAGGGAUGUUGGAACAAUUGCGACAGAGGUAGAUUGGCUUUGUUUGUGGAAAGGUACCCACAGGUUUUGUGGAUAAUCAAACAUGUCCAUGGUUUGGCGUCUCGUCUCGUAGCUAGCACAAUACAGUACAGUCUGUUGGGGGAUGGCAAGACUAAAUUAAGUAUACUAGUAGUAGGGAACGAGAACGUGCUCGGGAAAGUUUAAGUGUACAGUCGUACAUUGGAAUACACAAACCGUACCAAAAGGGUCUUAAAAACCGUGUUCAUCUAG